AGAAAAGGUGAGAAAAUAUCCUCUCUCUCUCUCUCUCCUACAGGUUUGGAUAAAACCCACGCACAACGCAAAAGCAGAGCAAAGUCUCACAUAGAGAGAGAGAGAGAGGGUUGUUUCCUUACAGAGAGGGAAAUCAUGGGAAAAGGGGCUGGCUCUGGUUUUUUAUAUUAGAGAAAGUUCGAGUCUUUUGAGGUUUUAGAAGGUGGAAGAGUGUGAGGUAUACAGUGUAAAGAUAAAUAUAGCAACUUCACGAGCUGCUUCUCUGCCACCCUUCCUUCUUUCUGUUGUUUAUAUUCUUAAAAAGAAUACACACAACCCCAUUUAGCUUGGUGUCCACUUAUUCAUCUACCUUCGAUUUCUCUGGAUCAGGACUUCCUCUGAUGAUGAUGAUAAUGUGAAAGAUUGUCUAGAGCUUUUUAUUUUGGUGGGUUUUCGUUUUUUUUCUUGUUAGUGGAGAUUGAGAAUACAGAGAAUGGAUCGAUCGGCGGUCACCGUUGGUUCAAGUAUGGAUAUGCGGAUUAUGCAUGAUAGUGGUCGUUACGAGCUGGUUCGAGAUAUUGGGUCUGGGAAUUUCGGGGUGGCAAAGUUGAUGAGAGACAAGCAGACCAACGAGCUUGUUGCUGUCAAGUAUAUCGAGAGAGGUGAGAAGAUAGAUGAAAAUGUACAAAGGGAAAUUAUUAACCACAGGUCACUGAGGCAUCCUAACAUCGUUAGAUUCAAAGAGGUCAUAUUAAAUCCAACACACCUUGCUAUUGUGAUGGAGUAUGCAUCUGGUGGAGAACUUUUUGAGCGGAUUUGCAAUGCAGGACGCUUCAGUGAGGAUGAGGCUCGAUUCUUCUUCCAACAACUUAUAUCAGGAGUUAGCUACUGUCACGCAAUGCAAGUAUGCCACCGUGAUUUAAAAUUGGAGAACACAUUGUUGGAUGGAAGCCCAGCACCUCGUUUGAAGAUUUGUGACUUUGGUUACUCUAAGUCAUCAGUUCUCCAUUCACAACCAAAAUCUACUGUUGGAACUCCUGCAUACAUUGCACCUGAAGUGUUACUUAAGAAGGAAUAUGAUGGCAAGAUUGCAGAUGUAUGGUCUUGUGGGGUAACUUUAUAUGUAAUGUUGGUGGGAGCAUAUCCGUUUGAGGACCCUGAUGAGCCUAAGAAUUUUCGGAAGACAAUACAUCGAAUUCUGAAAGUCCAGUACUCGAUUCCUGACUAUGUUCAAAUAUCUCCGGAGUGCCAGCAUCUAAUCUCUAGAAUAUUUGUGGCUGACCCUGGAAAGAGGAUAAGCAUUCCUGAGAUUAGGAAUCAUGAGUGGUUUCUAAAGAAUCUUCCAGCAGAUCUCAUGAAUGAAAAUGCAAUGAACAGCCAGUUUGAAGAGCCUGAUCAGCCCAUGCAGAGUAUUGAUGAAAUCAUGCAGAUAAUAUCUGAAGCCACCAUCCCAGCAGCUGGUGCCCGUAGUCUCAAUCAAUAUCUGGCGGGAAGCCUGGAAAUGGAUGAUGAAAUGCAGGAUCUAGAGACUGAUCCUGAACUUGACAUGGAUAGUAGUGGAGAGAUAGUAUAUGCUAUGUGAAUGACUCAGAAUCAAUCUACGACAAUCCUAUAGUUAGGAAUUUGUGAUGUGUGGCCGAGAAUCAAUGUACAAGAAUCCUGUCAUCCAUCACCGCUUGUGGAAUGCAUCUACUCUUUUGUGAUAUGGUUGCCACUUCAUAGUGGCACAUAUAGACUGUAGUGCACCCUCUCUGUUACAUGGUAAUGUAAUAAAAGACGAGUCUUGAUCUUGAGCUUUAA